AUGCCACAGGCUGCAAGAUGGGUGGGCACGCCCUCGAUCAGAGGGCGCACCGAAUCGGCGCGCAUGGCGUUGCUGACUUUCAGCUUGUUGGGAUUACAGUUCACUUGGGGUAUUGAAAUGACAUACUGCACCCCGUACCUCCUUCAGCUCGGUUUAACAAAGUCUCGAACGUCGCUUGUCUGGAUUGCCGGUCCUCUGUCGGGAUUAAUCAUGCAACCCCUCAUUGGUGUCAUUGCGGAUCGAUCGCGCUCGAAAUGGGGCAGACGCCGGCCAUUCAUGAUCGGUGGCUCGUUGAUCGUCACAGGGUGUUUGUUGGUACUUGGAUGGACGACAGAAAUUGUGAACAUGUUUGUGAAAGACGAUCCAGAAAAGAUGUUGUCAAACCAGGUCAAGAACGUUACUAUCGCCCUGGCAGUCCUGAGCAUUUAUGCUGUUGAUUUUGCGAUCAACAUCGUGCAAGCGUGUUGUCGAAGCUUAAUUGUGGAUACUUUGCCCAUUCCUGCACAGCAAGCGGGAUCAGCCUGGGCCACGAGGAUGUCGGCAAUUGGUCAACUCAUUGGCUAUGUCAUUGGGUCUAUCGACACUGUCAGCAUUUUUGGCACAUCGAUUGGAGACACUCAAUUCAAGCAAAUGACGGUUAUCUCCGCGUUGUCUUUGCUAGGUGCUGUUCUCGUUACAAGCUGGGCUGUGAAGGAAAGAGUCCUGAUUACCGCAAGGGAUUCUGAUGGAAAAGCCGGAGCGCUCCAAGUGAUAUCUCAGCUGAUCAAAACCACGAUGGACUUACCCCCUCGUAUCCAAGCUAUUUGCUGGGCUCAGUUCUGGGCCUGGAUUGGGUGGUUCCCUUUCCUUUUCUACAGUACUACUUGGGUUGGUGAAACAUACUUCCGAUAUGAGGUCCCUAAAGACGCAACGCAGCCCAGCGACAUGCUUGGCGAGGUGGGCCGUGUAGGCAGUUUGUCUCUCGUGGUUUUCUCAUCCAUCACGUUCAUCGCAUCCGUCCUUUUGCCCUUCUGUGUCCAACCGCCCGACAGCAAGCGGCCCAGAUUCACACCUCGACCACCCCCAGGGAUCGCCGCACUACUCAAGAAAAUUACAGCGAUUCGACCGGAUCUCCAAAUGACAUGGCUAAUCUCGCAUGUCAUGUUCGCUGCUACAAUGAUCUUCGCGCCACUAGCCCGGUCCCGCGCCUUCGCAACCUUCCUCGUCGCCCUCUGUGGUAUUCCCUGGGCCAUCACCUCCUGGGCACCCUUCUCCUUCAUGGGAGUUGAGAUCAACAAGCUCGCGAUGGGCCCCUCUGCUGCAUCGCGCCUUUCCGGCGUGACUAUGAUCACGUCGUCCAGUGUCCACUCAGGCGCGUACAGUGACAUGAACGGCGACUCGGAGAUGGAUGUGCUCCGUUUGAACCACCACGAGCCAGAUAGCGACAGUGAUGUGGAGGACGGACCCUCGAACAUCCCGUCGACCGGUGAGCUGGCCGGGAUCUACCUCGGCGUGCUGAACGUCUACACCACGAUCCCGCAGUUCGUCGGCACCUUCAUCAGCUGGAUCGUGUUCAGCAUCCUCGAGCCCGGCAGUACCAAGCGCGAUGACGCCUCUUCCGACUCGCAGUGGAUGAAUCUCGACAAGGACUCACCUAACGCGAUUUCUAUCUGUCUGUGUAUUGGCGCGUUGUGCGCCCUCGUGGCCGUCGAGGCAACACGGCGGUUACGCUAUAUCCUAUAA